AUGGCGAGCAAACUGGACGCGAUGAAGCCGCAGAGGAAGAUUGAGCUCUUCUCAGGCUCGUACUUUGCGGCAUGUACGGUCGGUGGUAUCAUCGCAUGUGGACCUACGCAUACCAUGGUUACCCCGCUAGACCUGGUAAAAUGCCGCCGUCAAGUCGACUCCAACCUUUACAAGUCCAACUCGCAAGCCUGGAAAAUGAUUUACUCCAAAGAGGGUCUGCGUGGUGUGUUCUUUGGCUGGACACCUACCUUUAUCGGCUACUCGAUGCAAGGAGCUGGCAAAUACGGUUUCUACGAAAUCUUCAAGUACAUAUAUGGCGAGAAGCUCGCUCCCGGCGCCCCGCAAACGAUUGUAUACCUCGCUGCGUCCGCUUCCGCCGAAUUUCUUGCCGACAUCGCGCUAUGUCCUAUGGAGGCCAUCAAGGUCCGCAUGCAGACCACCAUGCCACCGUUCGCAAACACACUACGAGAGGGCUGGUCAAAGGUGAUCAAGGAGGAGGGUGUUGGUGGUUUGUACAAGGGCUUGUAUCCCCUGUGGGCGCGUCAAAUCCCAUACACCAUGGUCAAGUUCGCGACAUUCGAAGAGACGGUCAAGCAGAUUUACAGCUUCUUGGGCAAGCCAAAGGAGUCGUACGGAAGCUUGCAGCAAACCGGUGUGAGCUUCCUUGGUGGAUACAUUGCUGGUAUUGGAUGUGCGGUUGUCUCGCAUCCUGCAGAUGUCAUGGUCUCGAAGCUCAACAGCGACCGAAAAGCAGGCGAGGGAGCCGGUCAGGCUAUCGGCAGGAUAUAUAGCAAGAUCGGUUUCGGUGGCCUAUGGAAUGGAUUGCCGGUCCGUAUCUUCAUGAUUGGUACUCUGACCGCGUUCCAAUGGCUCAUCUAUGACUCUUUCAAGGUCUACCUCGGCCUACCUACUACUGGUGGUCACUAA